UAGACGGGCAUCUCAUUCUUGCUCGUGACCUCCAAAAUUCCAAAGCUCUUCUCUCCGGCCUGUACUGUUCACUGCACGGCUACAUCACAAUUCACAACUUGUGCCAGCGAGACAGCAGCUACAAGGGGAUCAACACGACAUGGAGCUGGAGCUUGGGCUGGCGCCACCGAACGCACGUCUGAUCAAACACCACGACGAGCUCAGCGGUUCGUCGGAUUCCACCCGCGGGAAGAGAGGAUUCACUGAAGCGUUCCACGAAACGACUGCUACGCUGCCGCUUUUCGACGACGGCUCGUGCAGGAGGAAGAAGUCACUGGUCGGGUGGCCGCCGGUGCGCUCCGCACGCAGCAGGGAUUGCGGCGGCGCCAACUACGUGAAGGUGAAGAAGGAAGGGGAUGCCAUCGGCAGGAAGGUGGGCUUGUCUCUCCACGCCUCCUACGACGAGCUCCUCGCCACGCUUGCCCGCAUGUUCCCCGCUACCAGCUUCCAAUCAGAUGAGAAGGAAAUCAGCAACUCCACCAGCCUUGUGGUUACCUAUGAGGAUGGUGAAGGGGACUGGAUGCUGGUUGGAGAUGUGCCAUGGGAUGAUUUUGCACGAUCUGUCAAACGUCUGAAGAUACUGGGGUGACUAAGGACAAACGCAAGUGCGGCUGCACUGAUGUAUAUGUUUCAUCGUGUGUGUUUUUUGGUUGCAAGCACUUGGUGGGGAGUCGAGACAGCAGUUUCUAGUAGUUGAGACAAUACGUAUACGACCAGGGUCUUGUUUAUGAGAAUGUUCUCUUUGAGACUUGCCUUAGUACUUCUGCGUGCAACUGAUCCUAUACUAUAAUACAGAAUUUCUUUAGUUUUUA